AUGGAGCAGUCACAAUCAGAAGAGAGAACCCUCCAUCUGGUCGGUGUGGGCGUCACUCAUUCCAUAGCUCCGGAAAUGCACAACUAUAUUGCAAAAUCACUGGGGCUUCCAUGGACGUUCUAUGCGACCGAAUGCCCGACACUCGAAGACUUGCUCGCCCUGGCAAAGAAGUCUACCACGGCUGGCCUGGUAGUCACAAUGCCCUACAAAAAUUCGGUCAUGAAGCAUCUCGACGAGAUCGAUGACCUGGCAACCAUCAUUGGCGCUUGCAACAAUGUUUACCUCAAAGAUGACGGUCACAGACGUCUAUGCGGCACCAACACCGACUGGAGAGGUGUUCAAGGCUGUCUCUUGGAAAAGGGCGAGGAGAAUAAUCGACCCUCAGCAGAAAGUCCAGCAUCUGCUCUUGUCGUCGGAGCAGGUGGUGCAAGUCGUGCAGCUGUCUACGCCCUUGCCAACCACCUUCACUGUCCGACCAUCUACAUUUUAAAUCGAGACGAUCAGGAGGUGGAGAGUCUCAUCAAUGACUCGCGGCGACUACCUGCAAUCCCCAACAUCAUCCAUGUCAAAACUUUGAAGGAGGCAGAGACCCUGCCAACACCACACUAUGUUGUUGGAACUGUACCCGAUUUUGAGCCCAUCUCAGAGUCUGAGUUGGUUGUAGCUUCGAUUUUGAAACACUUCCUUUCUAGAUCCGAGAAGGGCGUGUUGCUGGAUAUGUGUUUCAAACCACGAAGGACGAGAAUGAUCAAGUUGGCUGAGCAGUUAGAUUGGCCGUGUGUCGAGGGUACUCAUGUCAUCGGUUACCAGAUCGAAGAGCAAUGGCGCCUGUGGUCGGGCGAGGAGCGGCUUCAAAAGCUGGAUCGAGAGGGAGCCUGGAAUGUCUUGUUGAAGGCUGCCGAGGAGAGCAAAGGAAUCAAUUUCUAG